GGGCGACCUUGUUUUCGUCAUUAUCCGACCAGGGCAUGGACAGCUUCCUGCCUAUUAUUUAUGGUGCAAUACUCUUGUUCCUCUUCUUGCGGACUUAUCAAGAGGAGCGGCAGCGUUCGACUUGUCGGCAACAUGCGCCAACAGGAGACGAUCCAGCAGCAGCAGAGGUGUCUGACCACAGCGGCAAGUCUGCCAGCUCGCCCGUGGGCGAGCCGGCGAGACGGAAUGGGCAGCAAUGGACGCAGGGAUCAUGGAGCGCGUCUCAGACUGCCGUUUUUAUCGUCAUCUUCGGUAUAUGCUACCACUUCACCUACAAGGCGUGUUCUUAUGACUCGGCCUGCGCGAGACCAGCCUGGGGACCAGGGUGUAAGCUUGGAGGCCUGCUUACGCUUGGCCUGGGGAUCUGGGGCUUCGUCAACGGCGUCCUGCUGAGCGACUAGAGAGAUGCACGCAACCAACGCUUAGGGCUUUGCCUCCCCACGACGGCUUAUAGAGCUCACCGACCCCUCGCCUCGACAGGACCCAAGAGCUUCAUCAGACUCUGCAUUGGCACUUGGUGGAUCUGUACCGGGCUGAGCAGGCGCGAUCAUGGAUGUCCUUAUUGUAGACCAAACCUGUUGUACGCUUUGGCAAUGCCCCAUUACUGUUUCUUGAG